AAUAUCUCUAUCGACUAUGUAACCCCAUUCUCUAAAUUAAAAAGAGUAGGUAGGGGCGUUAAGUACAAAUAUAUAUUAAUUAUAGUAAAUAUGCUUAUAAAAAUACAAUAUUUCAUUCCGGUAGAAGGGUUAUUAAUAGGAGAGUUAGUAGAGAAGUUUAUCGACCGUAUUUAUACACUCUAUAGCCUCCUAAAUACUAUUAUAUUUAAUAGAAGUAUUUAA